AACAAUCAAUAAAACAUUUAUAGAAAGGUACAAAAUAAACCAGUUAAUCACGAAAAUAUCUGCCCAAUUCCCAUCUAUAAAUCCGACGGUAAAUUUCCUUAGAAGCUUUAACAGUAGCCAAUUCUGACACCCGAAUCUCGCAUUUUCCAAGAAGAGGCAACGUGAUAGAGUCAAAAGAACACACAGAACGACAACACCUUCCAGCUCUGCAGCGGUCUCCAUUUUAACUCUUUGCCCGUCGGUACCUCACGUGUUCUGGACGGUCUUUCUCACAUGACCCUUGUUUGUCCCCGUGAUCAGUACUUCCAACUCCAUAUUUCAGUGUCGCUGAAUAUCACAUUUUAAACUGUAACCUUCAUGGAUAUGCAUGAACAGAGUUUGGACAGCUCUACAGGUCACGAGAAACAGGAAACAGAGGAGAUUCUCCAACUGGAAGGUGUGGGGACGGAGGAGCAGACUGCAGUUACCAUAGAGAGUGUACAGCAGGCCGCAGCUUUUGCGGAUCAUAAUGUUCAAUAUCAGUUCCGCACAGAGAACAGUGGAGGACAGGUGACCUAUCGUGUGGUCCAAGUGACAGAUGACCAGCUAGAGGCAGCAGGCGACGGGACUGGGGCAGUCAGUGUGGUUUCCACUGCUGCAUUUACUGGAGUACAGCAAGCAGUGGCACAGAACCCCUUCAGUAAUGGGGGUAGUCCAGCGGGGGAGACGGUGGGAGGGGAAACGCGUUUUGCCUAUUUCCCUGCUGCCACAGUCAGUGUCAGUGAUGGGGCAGCCACAGCAGUGUCGGUGCAGGCUGACCCAACACUCACACAGGCCGGAGGUCAGUUCUAUGUGAUGAUGAGCCCACCUGAUGUGUUGCAAGCUGGCACGCCAAGGACCAUUGCCCCUCGCACACACACCUACACCACAGACCACGGUGAAAAUGAGAUACUACAGCAUGGCAGUUCAAACUGGAAGAUGGAUGGUCCACGGGCACCUAGGGAUGAGAGAAGGAGAGCACAACACAAUGAAGUGGAAAGACGGAGAAGAGACAAGAUCAACAACUGGAUUGUCACCCUCUCAAAGAUCAUCCCAGACUGCAACAUAGACAGUACUAAGACUGGAGCAAGUAAAGGAGGGAUCCUGUCGAAAGCGUGUGACUACAUCCGGGAGCUGAGACAGAAUAACCAACGAUUGCAGGACAGCUUCAAAGAGGUGUUGAGAGUUCAGGCAGACAACGAGCUACUCAAACAACAGAUUGAGGAGAUGAAGAAUGACAAUGCACUGCUUCGAGCUCAGCUACAACAGCACGGCAUAGAGAUCAAUGGCGAUACAACACCACAGUGAUCGACUGGACACACACACACACACACACACACACACACUCUCUCACUUACUCACUGGUAAAAUACAAAUACUUAUAGAAUACAUGAAAGUACACAUGCUCACGUGCAUGCAUCAUCAGAAAUUGCCACGCAUACACACAGAACAGAGGGCUUGAGAGGAAGAAGUGGACUGCUGACUGAUCAAACCUCUUCUAACCCCCACACCCACACACUCUCUUCCAAGGCUGAAAGCUGAAAUUCAUGACUCUGUAACUAAAUGACUUCCCCACCUCUGCUCAAAGAAUAGCCAACUCUUCAAAUGUUGUGCAUUCACCUGACUGUUUUUGUUAUGGACAAUGACAAUUCAUAUUUACUCUGUUUUAACCUUCUGUUUUCCAUAGCUUUUUUGGGGCUUUUGUUGUGAGUUAUACUACCGUGUCUGACAUGAAUGAAUCCUUUUGUUUGUCAUUUAAUGUAUUAGUUUACAAUGAAUGUGUAUGCAGAAUUAAAAGACAGUGGCAGUAGGGAUCAUAGUGCAAAUAUAGGGCUGAACUUUGCUGUUCCAUUUUCCCUUCGAGAUUACAAACCAUGGUAGACAAAUCAGGUACCUUCAUCCUUUGAUGCUCACCAUUUCAAAGGGUUGUUUCAUUGUUAAGUGGAGGCAGAUGAGAGAAUACUGAUUAAGCUGUUUUAAAGGGCUGCGAUGUAAAGGUAUGGUUGUUGUAUUGACACUAGGCCUGACAUUGCAGACUAUCGGGGCAGUAGGUGAUAGCAUAGCUCAGGUCAUUAGGACAAUAUAUAAUAUUGGUUCCCAAAUUCAUUUCAGUCCCAUCUACUUUGCUUAAUUUCUCAUAUCUCUUGUGUUGUCCCAUCUGGUGCACAGUAAAUCAUUUAACCUGAAUAUCAGUUUCACUAUAUGGUAAUGAUGCAUAUUGGGCAUUAAAUCAUUGUAUGUAUCUGCUUGUGAUAGGUCACUUACCGGUAUUCAAUACAUUAAUUGGAGCAUGUGUCAGCGUUGCCAUGUAUAAGAUGAUAAAUGUCCCUGAGUCUCUAUGACAGGGGAUGUUCAUUUACAGGCAUUCAAUUCAAAUUUGGGACACUGGGUAACUCAACUCAAUAUUGAGGAUCUGAGGGAGAGUUAUAUAUUAUGGAUUUUCACCAUGUCCUCCAGUAAUUUAAAAGUUUGGGAACCAGUGCUAUGAAGGAUAAUUUUAGUAUAUCCCAGGUCAGCAACUGCUUCAAGGAAUUGUUUGUGAGUGAAGGUUGUCAGCAUCCUUGUUUUAUCUCCACUGAAAGCAAUCACAGCAUGGCAUUCUAACCACUGGCAAGAUGUAUUCCAAUUGUACAAUAACAUUUCAAUGUUUAUACCAUAGCAUUGACACAAUUAUUGGAUUGGUUCUGUAGUAAGGUGGAGGUGCAUUUUCAAGAGCUAUAUGCCCAAUUCCAAGUCGAUCCCUAGGCCCUACACUUGGAUUGGAUAGGUAAGCAAUGUGGUGUUUGCUCCACCUUGCAUUCUGAUUGGUUAGGUGACAUUUUCCGUAUUGCUUACAUCAUAUCCUUUUAGGUCUACACUAGUGCCUUGGGGAUAGAGGCAAGAGGUGGGUUUGGAAUUGAGCUGCAGUCUUAAAGGAUUGGUUCAGAAUUUCUUUACCAAAUCUGUUUUGAUGUAAAGUGCAAAUUGUAGAGGGGUCCAGAUAUUCUAGCGAUUUCACUUGGUUUUGAGAAACUUGGACCACCCGCAAUAGACUUCCUCAUUGCUCGUUCUGUAGUAUGCUGCUUCUCCAUGUAGCCCGCUCAGCACAGCUGGUAGGGGAAAUGGCUUGAGUCUAAUAAAAUGGAAUAUAUUGUUGCAGAUAAAGUUGAAAUUGUGUUAUUGCGAAGUGUACAACAUCUAAAGACCUGCAUCACUAUACUGAGAGUGUGGCCAUUUCUGAAAGGAUGCAUUUUUCCGUAGCUCCUAUACUGCAGAACGAGCAAUGAGAAAGUCUAUCAUGGGUGGUCUAAGUUUCUCAAAACCAAGUGAAAUUGUUAAAGUGGACACUUAUAUAACAUACUAUUUACAUUAAUAAAAUAUUUGUUCAGAAAUGGUGGAGCAAUCCUUUACCCCCUUAUAAAAAAAUGUGGGGGCAUCUUGUCUGUUUAAAACACCUUAUCCAGGGGAGUGGCUAACCUAAUGUUUACUACUCGCUAUAAUUAUCCCUAUCUGGCUCGAAGGACCAUGAAAAGAGUGGUCCUUUGAGACCGAUAGGGACAACAAUAUACUAUAUAACUGAAACAAAUAUGGACAACAGACUUUAGUUUCAUUAGCAUGAGCUAGCAGGGAGAAUAUAGUUGCCAUGUAAUUUUGAACUUGUAGGUCAAUUUGUCUUGUAUUGCCAAUAGGGCUGUCCCCGACUGGGAAAAAAAAAAACUCUUGGUCCACCAAGAAUCAGCUUUUCUUUCGACCAGUUGAUUGGUCAAACAUUUUUAAACAUUUAUUUUUCCAUAUAUAGACACACCCAAUCUGUUUUAAUAAAAUCUAUUAUAUGCACUGA